AUGCUUCAAAAAUGGUUGAUAUGGGCAGUCACACCAACUAUAUUCAGUGCACUAACUCAAGCUAAUCCCGGUGCAGCAGCUUCUGCAGCAUCUGCGAAUGCAUCAGAGAGCAUCUCACCUUUGCGAAGUCCACUCCCCGUUUUCCUCAUACAGGGCAACCACUCAGCACCGUUGACGGAGGCAACGACCGAAGAUGGCAGCAGUCUGCUUCUACUACAAACACCAGUCGAAGGCUCAGCAGCAAAAGAAGACGAGAGGUCCGUGCACAACGAUUCAAUAAUCGAUGCGUGCCAUUUUAUGUCAUUUGAAGAGUGGAAAAGGCAAAAGAUCGAGUCUGAUAAUGACUCCACAAAUAACUCCAAAAACCAAACGCUUGCAAAGAAACCCGCAGCUGAACCUGUGCGAGUAAACAUCACGGACCCCGCGACCUCGGGGGCGGACUCAAACUCGAGCUCGGACGCGGCAAAGAAAAAGAACAAGAAGAAAGUAAACGGGAAAGUUUACAAGGAUAAAUUCAACUUUGCCUCGAUGGACUGCGGGGCCACCAUUGUGGAAACCAACGCCCAAGCGAAAGGUGCGUCCGCCAUCCUCAAGGAAAACAAGGAUACGUACCUCCUCAAUCAGUGUUCGGUGCAUCACAAAUACGUCAUUAUCGAGCUAUGUCAGGAUAUACUCGUGGGGCAAGUUUCGCUCGGGAACUUUGAAUUCUUUUCAUCCAUGUUCAAGGACAUCAAAGUGAGUGUAAGCGAUCGGUUCCCGGCUAAGGAGUGGAAGGAGAUUGGCAUUUACCAAGCGCAAAACUCACGAGAACUACAGCUGUUUAACAUUGAAAACCCGUUGAUCUGGGCGAGAUUCUUGCGGGUCGAUAUCCUAAGCCACUACGGCAAUGAGUUUUAUUGCCCCAUCUCGUUGAUUCGAGUCCAUGGUAAGACCAUGAUUGAUGAGUUCAAGGAAGAGCGAGAAAACCACGACCGCGACCACGAUGUCUCUUACGAAGUAGCCAAGGUGGAGACAGCGAACGAGAACCUGGUUGAUAACGACACGUUGCUACUAAACGACACCAUGAACGAGUGCAGGGUAGUGUUGCCGCACUUGCGGCUCAAUGAGUUUCUCCGGGACUACAAUGCAACCACACAGGAACUAUGUCUACCGAAUGAAGCAAACUCCUUGAGCACAUCCGCGCUGACGGCUCUGGCGUCGACAAAGACCACCCAGGAGUCAAUCUACAAGAACAUCAUGAAACGACUAUCGUUGCUCGAGUCCAACGCGACGCUAUCCUUGCUCUACGUUGAAGAGCAGCUGAAACUAUUGAGCACGGCAUUUUCGAAUUUGGAAAGACGGCAGUCGACCAACUUCAACAACUUGAUAAGCUCGGUGAAUGCCACUUUGCUCAACCAGCUCAUGACUUUUAAGGACUCGUACAGCCUCUUACACGACCAGUAUGCCAACUUGCUACGACUUCAAGAGCUUAGUUAUAAGCAGUACUUGAAGGACUCGGCAGAGCAGAUCCGUCAUUUGAACAAUGAGAUGAGUUUCCAGAAGAAAGUGUCGCUAUUUAAUAGCUUUCUCAUUGUGUGCUUGUUGGCGUACUUGGCGCUCACGAGAGAUAUCAACAUUGAAGUGCAAGAGCGGUUUGGCGAUGUGGGGGAUGAAAAGAAGUCUGCAAGUAAGGAGAUUGCGGACCAGGUGAUUGUUCCUGAACCACCGCAGUGA